GUCAGCUCGUGAAGGAAAAUGGACGAGAUUUCACAACGUCUUUAUGUUGAAAGAACCCUGGCAAUCAUCAAACCUGAUGUAGUUCAUAAAUCCGAGGAGAUCGAGAAAAUCAUCCUGAAGGCAGGUUUUUUGAUCCUUCAGAAGCGCAGGCUGCUGCUGAGUCCUGAGCAAUGCAGUGAGUUUUACGCACACCAGUACGGAAAGCUCUUCUUUCCCAGCCUGACGGCCUUCAUGAGCUCUGGCCCCAUUGUUGUCAUGACGCUGGCUCGGCAUAACGGCAUCACUCACUGGAGGUCCAUGAUAGGCCCUGACAGCUUCUCCGUAGCCAAAGAAUCACAUCCAGAGAGCCUUCGAGCAAAAUACGGAACUUCUGACCUAAAGAACGCUCUUCAUGGCAGCGACACGUUCUUAACAGCAGUGAGGGAGAUUAGAUUUAUGUUUCCCAACACUGUAAUUGAACCCUUUCAUUCUAAAGAACAAACUGAAGAGUACUUGAGCACGAAUGUAAUCCCCGUUCUCUUACAUGGACUUACUGAGCUCUGUAAAGAAAAGCCUCUCCACCCCUGCAUUUGGCUUGCUGACUGGCUACUGAAUAAUGAUCCAAGCCUACCUCAAAUAAAUGAUGGAGACAUUCUGGAAGAUAAAAAGUGACAGCCAGGGAGCAUGAUUGCUAUUUUUCCCUUUGUUUGUUUUUGGCAAAUUCAUGUGUUCAAUAUCAUAUAUGUAAAUAUAAGGAUACUUGGUAGCAGUAGAGAGCUUUGUUGAUUUUCUCUUAUAGAUCAAAGAAUUCUUCAAGCAUGUUGAUAUUAGUGAUUAAGCAGUGUGUUUAAACUCCAUAUCUAAAACAAUAUUGUAAAAUUAAAUAGAUAAAACACUGUCACAUAUUUUCAACUGACAUGGUUUUGCAAUAACUCUUUUUAUAAUCCUUUACAGAGCCUUAAAAUUACAAUAAAUUUAGCUGACUAAUCUCACUAAAACUAAAAAAAGAUUUGAAUCAAAACUCUAUGAUUAAAACUAAUUAAUAUGUUCUGUCAAAAUCAGCACUGAUCCAGUCAUGGCUGUUAGUAUCAGAGAAAGGACAGCCAAUCCAAACAGACUCUUUUUUUCUCUCUUUUUAUUUUGCUGAAAUGUCUUUAGAUGAAUUGAUGUUGUAUAAAUAAACUAUGUUGUAUUAGAAGGAAAACUAACCACCCUGAAACAUGAUGGUUUCACAAUUAUGCUGCUUAAUGUUAGUAUGGUCUAGUCAAAUCCCUUAUUUAAAUCUCACUGAAAAUCAGAAGAAAGACUUAAAAAUUGGUUGAUAUAUGCUCUCCAUCCAAUCUGACAGAACUUUGUCUAUUAUGCAAAAAAUGGUCAAAAUCUUCAGUCUCAAUGUUCACUUCACAAUGCUUUGAAAAUGAAUUAUAAUUUUUCUACUGCUCCACAAGUUUGCACUGCUUUGUCUUGGUCUGUCACAUAAAAUCUCAAUAAAAUUAAGUGAAGUUUC